AUGUCGCGAGGGUUUGCCGCGAGUUUUGGAUCGGCCAUUGGAGGUGGGUUUUUCACGCGGAUCCUCAAGUCAUCGUUGGAGACAGGAUUCGCCGAUCGUGGACAGCCACCUCGGCCGGAACUCGUGCGUACACUUCUUGGGAGUCCGGCCACCGUCACUCGUCUGGUGGGUGUGGAUCGGUUUGUUGCUAUCGAGAGCUAUGAACAUGCAAUCCGAAUGCUCUUCCUCGCAGGGAGCUUUGUCGCUUUGAUAGCCACCGCAUUUCAGGCGGGUACUGGAUGGACUCCCGAGUGGGAACAGCCACAGUCAGAUGAGGUGGAUGAAUAG